UCGAAGUUCUGAAGUUAAAAAAACCAAAGCAAAUUUGAAAAUGAAGAACGCUUCUCUCAAGCUGUCACUCUUGGUUUUCAUUUUGGUCAUCACAUCUAAUCUUGGAGCACAAGCAAGACAUUUCACCGAAGUUGAUGCUAGUUUUGAAGGUGCCGCCGCAAGUCCAGAGUACGUAAGCAUCGGUGACACACUGGGCAAGGCUCUAAGUUGCAAGAGGGACAUCGAUUGUUACUUCAAAUGUCCCGGUCAUAAGGGAGGAUUCUGCAACGAACGCCUUGGCAGAUGUGAAUGUUUGUAAUAUUAAUCACAUUGCAAUCUACUUUAUGGA